CAUUCACAUCAUUUUGCUUUCAUACUAAAAUAAGAGCUGGUCCAUUUAGCUGUGAUAUCAGUAUGCAGUUCUCUAUUCAGAGGAUGAUGGAAAUCUGUAACUCUUCCAGAAAGGAAUUUCUCCAAUGGAAUGAAGACAUCUGGCAGCACCAUUCUUAUGCAAGUCAAUGGUGGCUGGGCCUCUUGUUGCUUCAAGGAAGACUCAGGAACCCCAUGUGCUACACGUAUCUCAGAUUCACACAUCUCCUAGCCAUUUUGCUGGUUCAAAAGCUGCUUCUCUGCACUGGACUGGUGAACGGAUAUUGAGUGUAGUCUUACUUGGCCUUUUUCCUGCUGCCUAUGCCUACCCUGGAUCUAUCAUGGAUUACUCACUGGCUGCAGCUCUCACUCUCCAUGGCCACUGGGGCCUUGGGCAAAUAGUCACAGAUUACGUACAUGGAGAGGCAAAAGUGAAGCUGGCCAAGACAGGCCUCCAGAUAUUGUCAGCCUUCACUUUCGCCGGACUAUGCUACUUCAAUUAUCACGAUGUGGGGAUCUGCAAAGCAGUGGCAAUGCUUUGGAGCCUCUAAUUGAUUAUGGCAUUAUCCAUUCAGUUAAAAAACUUCUGGGGUUGCUUUAAUUUUUAAAAAAAAAUUUGACAAAUCACAACAGCAAUUUUUUUUUAGAAAGAUCUGACUAAAGGGACAGAAAUUUUGGAAUGUAAUUUUGAAGCCAUGUUUACAUUGAUUGUAGAUGUUGCCUUAUGUCAUCCAUUUGUACCAUCAGUCUUUCGAAUAUCUUGCACUUGUGCUUCACUUUCAUUCCUCUUCCCACCAUGCAUGUUGGUCAUGACUGAUAUAACAGAGAUGGGGCUUGCUUUGCAUAUUGGUCAAAAUUUGAAACCAUAUAUAAAACCAUGCAUUAAUGAUCAUUUCAAAUUUGUUUUACAUUUUCUACAGGAGAGGAGCAGGCCAUUUUAUUCAACUUUUUUUUGUGUGUGUUUGAUCUGAACCACCACCUAUCCUACUUUAUUUCACCUGAUUUGCAUAAUCUUUUAUUCCUUUCUUCCUCAUCAAUUUUUCCUCUCAAAUGCAUCAGUCCUAAUCAUCUUAAUUGCACCACACAGAAAGAAAUCUCAAUCUCGCCGGUCUCUGGAUAAUAAAAGUUGAGUAGUAAUUAAGUUUGUCUGUAUUCAUUUAACCCUCCUGUUUCUUUUUGUUUAAAAACUGUAGAGACUUGCCUUCUCUUCUGAACUCAUUAUUGAAGAAUAAAACCUACAAUUUACAUUUUUAUUAUCGAUUGUGUUACAAAACAGCAGAAUCUGGAUGCCGUGGAAGGCUGUGUGCUAAUAUUAAGCCAUGACCCGCUCUUUGAAGUGAAAACUCCUGUUGUCCAUUGUAAUCAAAGAUGUUCAUUGUAAGAUGGGGAUACACCAAAUCAGCAUUUGUUCUUUGUCCGAAGUCUGGGUUCCAAACUAAAUUACUCUAGUGGAAAGAAAAUAUUCCCUGUUUGCAGUGCAUCAAAUGUGAUGUGAUUUUGGAUGGAUCUACACAACAAAAUUGACUGUAAUUCAGUACUAUUAAAACAACUAACUUUCUAAUUGCUAGAUGACUUAACAAAUUGUUAAUGUGUGCCAUGGAAAGAUAUAUAAUUUUGUGUCAUGGCAUUGUGCUGUCUGGAAUAGAGGGUGGUACUGUGUUCAGGGACAAAUUUAUUUGGACAAUGAAGGGAAUCUCAGUUGUCAUGUGGAAUCAUUGUGUUUGCAGGAGUGUUUCACUGCAGUUGGGCUCCAGGAGUAGAAAGACUUCAUUUACUUGACACAAUGAUUUCCACCUUGCCUAAGCACAAAACCUGUUUGACAAAAGGAAGUUUAUUAAUUUUAGUUUUUUUUUUACUUUACUUUAAUGCACACUACAGUUUACCUUCAAUAAAGCAAAUUGUACAGGGUUGAAGUUAUUGCUAUUUUGGUACGUGCAGUUUGUGCUGCAGUAUUUUGUCCAGUGACCAGAUUUAGUGCCUGGAAGUUACUCUGGAGCAUCCUGAAGGUGCCAGCUAAGUGCAAGUCUCGAAGGAGUGUUGAAGACAUGAUGUCCAAAUGUAUGCCAGAUCGACUCUUUCUUCCACAAUGUUGUUCAAGAAUGAGAUUUUGUUCAGCUGUGAUAAUUCUCCCAACCUGUGCCACCAGUUGGCCUUCCUUUUCCAGGGUUGUAUGAACAACAUAGACACUUGGAUCCUAAAACCAAAUGACAGCAGGCAGGAAGUGUAAAGGGGGAAGAAAAAAGCAUAGUAUUGCAUUGUUUUUGACAAAGCAACCAGCAGUGAUGUUCUUUGGGGGUCAGACAGUGGUUAAUUGUACAAUUGCAAUUUUUUUCAUGACCUUCAAUUGGAAAUAUACUUCUAUCAGUUAUUCUAUUAGAUAAAGCCAUUAUCACUUAAGUUUAAAGCAGUAGGAUAUCUCUUGUAUAUUAUUUGUGUGAUUAGUGUUGUUACCUGUAGUACCAAAAGGUCUUGAGAAGUGGACGAAGCCAUCUUACUAUGUAUGUGUGUAACCAAAAAAAAACACAUUGGAUUUGAUCUCAACAUUGUGAGGUAGGAUUAACACAUUGAUGUUGUGGUUUAGAUGUCAUUCCAUCUACAGCAGUACAGUUCUAUAACGCAAUGUAACCUGAUAAGGUCCAAGUGUAAAGUACCAUCCUUAAUGUGGAAGAUGAUCCCAACUUCCUGUUGUUGAGAUUAAACUAAGUGCACACAUAGUUCUCCUGAAUUCUUCUUAAGUUUUUUUGUUUAACAUAGUUCAUUCCAAUAACAGAAUUGGUGACUACUGGGUAAUUUUCUGUGGUGAGUAGUAAUAGAGGGAAUCAAAACUAUGAAGUUCAGAAUUAGGAGAUAACCUUAAGAGAUUUAUGUGACUGCGCGUAUGUGGGGGGAACACAUGCAAGGAGAGGAAGGAAGGUUGAUCCCAGUGAUAUGACUUGUUUGCAUAAGAAUCUUGUGUCCAAAAAUUUUAGCAGUGAUAUUUUCUCCCUAGUGGGUACAAAGAAAAACUUGCUGUUUAUUGCUGCUAAAUCUGUUCAUACAAGGUUCAAGUUGAAUGAAAUUUUGAAUACUUGAUUUUAAAGGAAUCUUGCUCAGUUCUCAGCAUGUUAGAGAAAGUGCUUUAUAAGAACAUAAUCUUAUGUUCAAUGUAAUAUGCUGCAGCAAAACCGUAGUGUGCAGUCAUGUCCACAAGAUUUUAGUGCCUGUAAAUAGGUUGUUACAAUGCAAUUAGAAGUUUGCUGUGGAUGUUAGUUUUUGACUUGUCUUGCUCUUUUUAAAAUUUGCAAAUUUUCUUGUGCAAGCCCAUGAUAUGGAACAGCUCUAUCUCAAAACUUUCCAACAGGAAAGCACCAGUCCAUCAGUACAGAAAAUAGUCAUUGAAGAGCUUGAACUUGGUGGUGAAGUUGCAUACUGCAUUGAAUCACAAAAACUUUUGCAGUGCAGUGACGCAGGUGAAAUAGCAAUAAUCAUCUUUCUGUUCUCAUUGUUACUUCUACAGAUGCGUACAAGGUACAUCUUGUAGUCAUUGCAGACUUCAAGGGAAAUUGUUCAGCUUCAGAGUUAAUGUCAUGACUGCGGGUGGGGGAAAGCAUUUAUGUGCUAUGCAGUUGAUCAAUGAAUAGUCAGUAUCUUGACCAAGGUAAAUGUGUAAUAUUUACCUUUUUAAAACUUUGACACUUGUUUUCAGUAACUGUAAAAUUUGCAAUCCUGGAGAUGAAAAAUAUUGGAUUAUGUCAAAUAUGUGCAAAUUAUUACCAGAAUCUGCUGCAUUGUACAAAUAGUUGAUUUUUAUGUACAUAAUUGUAAACAAUUGCUCUGAGCUAUUACUUUAUGCUCCAGUGGCAGUUGAGAGCAAGUUGCAAUAAAGCUAUGCUCAAUUUAUUAAAA